CCUUCGCAUCAAUUGAAGCAAAAGUAUCUUUGUUAUCCCCUGGCGUCAAAAGAGGCAAAAACAGCAGAAAAACAAAAUAAUAGAAAAAAGUGAAAGAGCAAAAAAAAUGAAUUAAAAAUAAAUUUUUUCCAUGUUUUUAAAAAUUCCUCCAAAAAUCAACAACAAAUUAAGAUCAAAUUAGCCAUUCCCAUCAGAUUACAUCACACGAAAAGUAUUAGAAAAAGUUGAAAAUAGUUUUAAAAUUUAGAAAUUAAAAAAUUAAUUUGUGAAAUCUCAAAUAAAAAUGCCACCACUCCAUCGCUACCACAAUAACUACACAUACGUCAGCUCCUGCACAAAAUAUUUAAUUUUUCUACUUAACUUUAUAUUCUGGCUGUUUGGUGGACUUCUUAUAGGAAUCGGAUUUUAUUCUGGAUUUGAUAAAUUUCAAGCGACAGGACUCAUCAAACUCGACACUUACUAUGAUAUCCUCCUUAAUAUCUCAAUUGUCUUAGUGCUAUGUGGAGGUGUCGUGUUCAUUGUCUCAUUCUGUGGAUGUCUCGGUGCCCUCAGAGAAAAUACUUGUUUAUUGAAAUUUUACUCGCUAUGUCUACUCGUGUUCUUCUUAUGUGAAAUGGCAAUUGCUAUUGUUGGAUUUAUAUUUCCACAUACGUUGAAUCAGAUGCUGGAGGACUCUUUUACUGAUAGGAUAGUUACGCUGUACCGUGACGAUCCUGACCUACAAAACUUCAUCGACUUUGUGCAGCAAGAGUUCAACUGCUGUGGAUUGAGCUCGGCUGGAUUUUUGGAUUGGUCCAAAAAUGAAUACUUCAACUGCUCAUCGCCCUCAGUUGAGAGAUGUGGUGUCCCAUACAGCUGCUGUAUCAACUCAACAGACAUUUCUUCUGGACUGAUUAAUAUUAUGUGCGGCUAUGGCGUUCAAUCUCAGUCCGUGAGUCAAGCGAGCAAGAAGAUCUGGACAUCAGGCUGCAUAGAAAUCGUUCGAGUCUGGGCCGAGAGAAAUCUUUAUUUAUUCGCUGGUGUUGCACUAAGUUGCAGUUUCGUACAACUUCUCAUCAUUUAUCUCGCAAAGACACUGGAGUCUCAAAUUGAAUUGCAGCGUUCAAGAAGUCUCGCGGCUCACAACAUGAAUCAACGCAUCCAACCCAGGAUAUAAUUAAAAAAAAUUUAUAUAUUAAAUAUUAUUAUAAAGUAAUUUUUAAAAUUGAGUCUCGUAUUUUAAAUGAAAUUUGACCGGUUAUGCCUGUAGCAUGACUCGUCGCCAAUAAAUUACCAUAAAACUGAAAAUUGCUGAUAUUUAUUGGUGCAUCAAACUGAAUUGGAAAUGAUUAAAAUAAAUGAAAAAUUUCAAAAAUGAUAUUUGCAAUUUUUGGUUUUUGAAGAUUUACCAAAUAAGAUAAAUAAAUUUGAAAAAUUUAAUAAAAGUCAUGAGAAAGUAAAUC